CUGCUACUGCUGCCGCCUUGGUCGGAACUCCUCAGGACGUGAGGGCUGAACACGCGGAUGGGCUCGAGUGAUUGUGUAUUAUAGUCUUCGAGUGCCUGUUAAGAUAUCAGUGUUUAUUCUUGAGAUCGAUUUGCAACCAUGCCGGCGUACUUUCAGAGACCCGAAAACGCUCUGAAAAGAGCAAAUGAAUUUUUGGAAGUGGGGAAGAAGCAACCAGCCUUGGAUGUACUGUAUGAUGUCAUUAAGAGCAAAAAGCACCGAACAUGGCAGAAGAUCCACGAGCCAAUCAUGCUCAAAUAUCUGGAGCUCUGUGUGGACCUUCGCAAGAGUCAUCUGGCGAAGGAGGGGCUGUACCAGUACAAGAACAUCUGUCAGCAGGUGAAUAUCAAGUCUCUUGAAGAUGUGGUCCGGGCUUACUUGAAGUUGGCUGAAGAGAAGACGGAGACCGCCAAAGAGGAGUCUCAGCAGAUGGUCUUGGACAUUGAGGAUUUAGACAAUAUUCAGACUCCUGAAAGUGUAUUGCUGAGUGCUGUGAGUGGAGAGGAUACACAGGAUCGUACUGACCGACUGUUACUCACCCCCUGGGUCAAGUUUCUUUGGGAGUCUUACCGUCAGUGCUUGGACCUACUGCGGAAUAAUUCCAAAGUGGAACGUCUCUACCAUGAUAUUGCCCAACAAGCUUUCAAGUUUUGCCUGCAGUACACUCGGAAGGCAGAAUUUCGCAAACUCUGUGACAAUCUGCGCAUGCAUUUGGGCCAGAUUCAAAGACACCACAACCAGAGCACUGCCAUCAACUUGAACAAUCCUGAAAGCCAGUCCAUGCACCUGGAGACACGUUUGGUUCAGCUGGACAGUGCCAUUAGCAUGGAACUCUGGCAGGAAGCCUUUAAGGCUGUAGAAGAUAUCCAUGGCCUUUUUGCCCUGUCUAAAAAGCCCCCUAAGCCUCAACUUAUGGCCAACUACUAUAACAAGGUGUCCACUGUAUUCUGGAAAUCUGGCAACGCGCUUUUUCAUGCCAGCACUUUGCACCGCCUGUAUCAUCUUUCAAGGGAGAUGCGCAAGAACCUCACACAGGAUGAGAUGCAAAGAAUGUCUACCAGAGUUCUCUUGGCCACCCUGUCUAUCCCCAUUACACCUGAGAGGACUGAUAUUGCACGAUUGCUGGAUAUGGAUGGUAUUAUAGUGGAGAAACACAGACGACUAGCCACACUUUUAGGCCUCCAGUCCCCUCCCACCCGCCAAAGUCUCAUCAACGACAUGGUGAGGUUUAAUCUUCUGCAGUAUAUCGUACCAGAAGUCAAAGAGCUGUACAACUGGCUAGAGGUGGACUUCCAUCCACUGAAACUUUGUGGAAGGGUAACUAAGGUGUUAAACUGGAUAAAGGACCAAGCAGAGAAAGAGUGUGAUCUUCAACAGUAUGUGCCCCACCUACAGAGCAAUACCAUCCUUAGACUUUUACAACAGGUUGCUCAGAUCUACCAGAGCAUCGAGUUCAGUCGUCUUGCCUCUCUUGUGCCAUUUGUGGAUGCCUUUCAGCUUGAGCGUUCCAUUGUGGAUGCUGCUAGACACUGCGAUCUGCAGGUGCGCAUUGAUCACACCUCUCGUACUCUAAGUUUUGGGUCAGAUCUGAACUAUUCCACAAAAGAAGACGCGCCUGUUGGCCCGUUCCUCCAGAACAUGCCCUCAGAGCAGAUUAGGAACCAGCUCACCGCUAUGUCUUCCUCUCUUGCCAAGGCCAUCCAAGUCAUCAGGCCAGCCUCCAUACUGCAAGAACGAGAGGAGCAGAGCCAACAAGCCAUUGCAGCUUAUCUGAAGAAUGCUCGCAAAGAGCACCAGCGCAUCUUGGCCCGCAGGCAAACCAUUGAGGAGCGCAAGGAGCGUUUAGAGAGUCUAAACAUUCAACGUGAAAAGGAGGAGCUUGAGCAACGGGAGGCUGAACUGCAAAAGGUGCGCAAAGCAGAGGAAGAACGUCUACGGUUGGAGGCCAAAGAACGAGAGAAAGAGCGCAUAAUGCAAGAGCAUGAGCAGAUCAAAAAGAAGACUGUACGAGAACGCCUGGAGCAAAUCAAGAAGACUGAACUGGGGGCUAAGGCCUUUAAGGACAUUGACAUAGAGGAUCUGGAGGAACUAGACCCAGACUUCAUUAUGGCCAAACAGGUGGAACAGUUGGAGAAGGAGAAAAAGGAACUUCAAGAGCGUCUUAAAAACCAAGAGAAAAAAAUUGACUAUUUUGAGAGGGCUAAAAGGUUGGAGGAGAUUCCCCUCAUCAAAAAGGCUUAUGAGGAACAGCGCGUCAAAGACAUGGAACUCUGGGAGCUACAGGAGGACGAGAGGAUCAGCAACAUGAAGAUUGAGCGGGAAAAGGCCCUGGAGCACAAGCAGAGGAUGUCUAGGAUGCUGGAGGACAAGGAGAACUUUGUUUCGAAGAUCACAGCUGCUCGAAGUUUCAUCUAUGAGGAGAAACUUAAACAGUUCCAACAGCGCCUGGUUGAGGAGCGAAAGAAGCGCCUUGAGGAAAGGAAAAGGCAGCGCAAAGAGGACCGACGUAAUGCCUACUACCGUCAGAAAGAAGAGGAGGCCCAGAGAAUUCACGAGGAGCAACUAAAGAAAGAACGUGAGGAGCGUGAGCGCCUGGAGCAAGAGCAGAGGGAGGAGGAGGAGAGAGAGUACCAGGAACGUUUACGAAAGCUUGAGGAACAGGAGAGAAAACAGCGAGCCCGCCAACAGGAGAUAGAGGAACGUGAGCGUCGCAAGGAAGAGGAAAGGAAAAUGCCAGAGGAGAAACCCACCAAGGACUGGGCAGAGAGAGAAGAUGGUGGAGGAUGGCGAAAACGUGGUGAACCAGGAGAGUCAGAAUGGCGUCGGCCUGUACCUGAUCGUGACUGGAGACAGGAAGGCCGUGAUGACACUGAGGAGCGUGAACAAGAGCCAGCUGUCAAGAGACCAAGCGAUGUACCCCGUCGCAUGGGCUCAGAUGACCGCCCUCCCCGUCGUGGCUUUGAUGAUGAUCGAGGGCCCCGUCGUGGCACUGAUGAAGACCGUGGACCUAGAAGGGGCCUGGACGAAGAACGUGGACCCAGGAGGGUCUUUGAUGAUGACCGUGGUCCUAGGCGUGGCCUAGACGAUGAACGAAGCCUUCGCAGGGGAAUGGAAGAGGAGCGAGGGCCACGCCGGGGCUUUGAUGAUGACCGAGGACCUCGUAGAAUUAUGGAUGAGCCCAGGGGCCUCAGGCGUGGGGCUGAUGAUGACUGGGGUUCAAGAAGGGGUGGAGAUGAUGAAAGGGGAGGCCGCAGAGGCAUGGAUGAUGCUGGGCCACGUCGUGGUGAUGAUCCUAAGCCAUGGAAACCUUCAGGCAGGCCAGGUGGGUGGAGAGAAAGAGAAAAGGCCCGUGAAGAGAGUUGGGGACCCCCUCGGGAUGAAGCUGGUCAAGAUGAAGAGGAGCCUGAUCUGGAAGAACGCCAGGAGAGUGAGCGUACUAGAGAGCGUCGACCACCCAGGGAGGAGGGGGGAGUUUGGAGGCGUGGAGGUACCUCAGAAGAAACCAGCAGCUGGAGAGAUUCUCGCCGCGAGGAUCGCGAGGAGCGCCAAGAUCGUCGUGAUGUCAGAGACCCAAGGGAUGAGCGUGAACAAAGAGCCCCUCAAAGAGAGAAUGAAGAAGGUGGCUCCUGGAGAAGAGGUGGGGAUGACAAACGUGAGGAACGUGAGGCUCCAGCCAGACCACGAGAGCGUGAUCGUGAUGUGGAAAAGAGCACUUGGCGAUCAGACAAGGAGAAAGACAACCAGCGUCGUUCUAAGAAUGAGAUAGAUGAUGAUGGAUGGACCACAGUUCGUCGUUAGGCCAACACCACCACUGUUGCUUACCAUCCUUAGUGUGGCUUCAGUGUCAGGAGUUUUCCUCAAUCUUUAAUUUUUCACUGCUGUUGCUGUGGCACUCAUUUACAAAUUAACAGUAUAGAUUUGCUUAACUCUGCAUGGAAACUUAAUGUAGUAGCUUCUUUUCCAGAAAGGUUUUUAUGCAGCUUAGUGUUGAAUUUAAAUCAUUCCUAUCUUGUGCAUGUUUAAAGUGUUAAAUUGCUCUCGUUCAAUAUACCGUUUGUGAUGCAUUUAAUUUGGGAGUAAUGCAUUUUGAAAUUGAAAUAAUAACCCAGAUCCAAGUUGUUCUUGAUUGACUACAGAAAUAUUGUUUCAAGAUCUUUCCUUUAGAUAUUACAUCUCAUUUCUAGCUCGCUGCCCUUGCAAUUGCAUAUCUUGUUGCAUUUUAAAGGGGGGAAAAAUAAACUCAUUGAAGUCUG